AUGGCUUUUCAGGACUUUGACGUUAAACAUUUCUUUCUUUCUUUCUUUCUUUCUCUCUCUCUCUUUUUUUCUUUCUUUCUCUCUUUCUUUCUCGCCGAAAGCAAUUUUCUAUCGGAGAGUCCACUCGGUCGGUCCGUACCGUUCCUUUCCACCGACCCCGUUCGCCAUUUCUUUGUGUGUCUGCCAAAGCCCUUGUUUCACCGUGACCUUUCCAAUGCUUUCUCAUCUCUGCCUGUCCUCCGACACAUUUUUCAUGGUGGGAAGGACAACGUCUCCUCAUUUGAAAUAUCCCUGGGGGGCAUUUUAAACCAACUCGGGCGGCAUUCAAACGCACGUGCACCAACGUAUAUGAGUGUGCAUUCACGAUCUAUACUAAUCUCUCUCUCUCUCUCUCUCUCUCUUUAUUUCUCUAUUUCUUUCUCUCUCUUUCUCUCUCUCUUUUUUCUCUCUCUCAUUCUCUCUCUUUCUCUCUCUCAUUCUCUCUCUCAUUCUCUCUCUCUAUAUAUAUCUAGCUAG